UUAGGCCAGGACAGAAGAAGCACGUAACAGACUCAGUUCCUGCUUGUAUUUGUACGCCUGGACCUUUGCAGUUGUGACCUUUUUGUUUUCUUUUCUUGAAGAUUCUGGAAGAAAUCUUUGACAGGAGGCUGUUUUGGGAUUUUAUUGGGAAGGAUUAAUAUAUUAUUAAAAACUUUUGGAAAGAGCCAAUGGGAGCUAAGUUUACCAUCUGUUGCUGUCACUACUAUCUGAAACACAACCAAGAAGAGAGGAAUGCUAUUUUGCGAAUGAGCACCACUUCCAGACCGCCUGAACAGUUAUCCAGCGGGUCUAGUGACAGUGAAACACAAGAGAACAUAUUUGGACCACCACCUUCAAAAAUGAGUCAGUGGACUAACCGGCAAAGCCAGAAGAGCACUGCUGAUCAGUGGACCAUCGCAAACAGACCCAACGACUCUCCCAUCAGGCAGGGAUUGGAUGGAGAGUUAGAGGCUUUAAUCAGCAUGAGAGACCAGACUGACGAGGCUACAGAGGAAUGGGAGAAGUUGAAUUAUGAUAUUCAUGCAUUGCGAUAUGCCAAACGAGAGGUCAGAGCUCGAUGGAAGAAAAUCCUGCUUCAGCUUGGUUACCAGUGUGAGGUGGACGCCUUGCUGUGUGUGCAUAAACAGAACCGAUUCAGUCGAGAUGAAGAACAUCUUAAAAAAGCAACUGAACUGUUGGCACAGCUGCUGGACCACACCUCUCUGUUCCCUCGUGGAAUGGGACACCAGAACCAAUACCUCUGUAUCAUGGACCGUCUGGUGUUACUGGACAGUGCUGAGGACUUUGUCAGACUGGCCAAGGAAAAAUAUCCCAAGAAAGAAGGAUGAGAGACAAUAACGGAAAGAAAAUGACACAAAGGCUGAAAGUGUGGAAGAAAGAAAAUUUUAAAAUGCAGACUGGAUGCUUUACAAGUAAACUGGAGACAAUUUUACACAUGCACAGUUAAACACAUUUCAGCAUUAAUUGAAAUCCUGAAGCAAAUUUAAUUCUAACAAAUGACUGUUUACUACAUUGUUAGCUUGUGCUUAUGUUGCUUAGGCCACACAAUUUUUAAAGCAUAAAAAUAUAUACUUUUUUUUAGUUAUUUUUAUGUCUGUAUAUUCACUUACUUUUACCUGAAUCGAUCAUUUUCAGUGAUAAUUCAAAAUAAUUCAGUAAAAACUAAGACAGCCUUUGAAGCUACAAUGACAUUACUGAUAUCUAUGCAUCUGUAUGUACAGGAUAUUAUACAUAAACAAUUUAAAUAUUUUUCAAAAAAAUCUUUAACCCUCUGUUGUUAACAUUUCUAAGAGCAAACUGUGUAUUUUCUGUUGUUUCUU